CACCCACCAGACCGGCCCCCAGCCCUGCCGGAGAGGACUCAGCCCCGAGCCAGCAGCAGCCCAAGCAGCAGCGAUGUUGUGGCACCUGCACCUCUUGCGGCCCCCCCACGACCCCCCGGCUGCCCGGCUGGGCCCCGUGCGCACUCUGUGGCCGGCCCCGGGGGCCCUCUUUGCUGAGCUGCUGCAGGAGCUGGAGCAGGCCAGGGACUUUGCCAGCAGCAUGGGGCGGCUCCUGGCUGGCGGAGGGAGCGGCAGCCCCGGCGGGGAGCCAGGCCAGAGCUCCAGCGUGGCCCUGGCCCAGGGGCCGGCCGAGCCCUUCGCCGUGCGGCAGGACGUCCGGGGCUUUGCGCCCGAGCAGCUGGCGGUGACGCUGGUGGGCAGGAAGGUGCUGCUGACGGGCAGGAAGGAGACGCAGAGCGAGGACGGCAAAGGCUCCUUCUCCUACAAGUACGAGGUGUUCAGGAGGGAGUGGGACGUGCCCGAGGCCGUGGACACCGACCGCCUGACCUGCUCCAUCUCCAGGGAGGGGCAGCUGUGCAUCGAAGCCCCGUGCCUGGCCCCCCCAGCCCUCCCCGCGAGGGACGUGCCCAUCCAGCUCGGCCCUGCGGGCGGCUCGGCAGCACCGGCUGAGCCGGGCUCAGAGGCCGGGGCCGACGGCAGAGCCCGGGGGUAACCGCCUGAGCUGCUGGCAGCGGCCCCGGGGGAGCUGGGCGGAGAAGGGGGAGCAGAAUCCAGGGGCCAGGGCUGAGACUUGACUUUUUUUUCGCUUUGGCGGCGCUCCGGACCUGC